AUGACAUCCAGCAAGAAUCAAGCUCCUUCUCCCUUUGCAACCAAUGGAACCGCAAGAGCUUCAGCCCCUGCUUCGGUCGCGCCUCAAGAUAUGCAAACGACGAAUCAUCCAAGUCUGCAUUCCCUGAUUCGCGGUUCGGGGGUUCACCAGCAUCAUCGUCCGAGUGGGGUAACCUUUCCGUUGCGAGAGAGCUUUGAAAUGCUGGGUGUUCAGACCGACCGUCCUCUUCUGGAUAUCCUUGACGAAGCCUUGGCCAUUCAAGCUCCUCCCACCAGGAGAACCGCUCCCUUCCAACCAACCCGCCCAUGCACUCAGGAGGCUCGUCAGUGA